AAGAAAAUUAUAUAAAUAUAACCUAAAAUUUACAAAAAAAAAUGCAAUUUACUAACAAAAUAACAAAUAUUUACAGAUAUAGUUUAAGAAAUACAAAUCAAUUACUCCUAAUAAGACGAUGUAGCGUACAAAAAGCAGAUGUCUUACCUUCUAAUUCUACAAAUCAAUCAUUUACAAAAAAAUUAACCAAAGGCCCAAACUUUACAUAUUUUCUACAAAACGGCAAACUGAAGCAGAGUACAGCGCCGACACUAUCAGAGGAGAUAGUACCAUACGUUCAGAAUGUACCACAGCAAAAAAGAAAGGUUUAUUUUGAUAUAUACGGAUGCCAAAUGAACGUUAAUGAUGUUGAAAUAGUUUGGGCAAUACUGCAGAAUAAUUUUGAACGGACCCUGAAUAUUGUUGAUGCCGAUGUUAUUCUUAUUAUGACGUGCGCUAUUAGAGAUAGCGCAGAAGAAAAGAUUUGGGGAAGACUUAGGUAUUAUAGGGGUAUAAAAAGUACAAGGAAAAAAGAUCGACCUAGUCUGAAAGUGGGCAUUUUAGGAUGUAUGGCAGAAAGACUUAAAGAAAAGGUGCUAGAGAAAGAAUCUUUGGUGGAUUUGGUGGCAGGUCCUGACAGUUAUAGGCACCUUCCAAGGUUACUGACUUUAACAGACAACAAUCAAAAAUCUGUAAAUGUCCUUUUGUCAUUAGAAGAAACUUAUGCAGAUAUUACACCUGUCAGAUUAAAUGAAAACUCGAUAUCUGCUUUUGUUUCCAUCAUGAGAGGUUGUGAUAAUAUGUGUACAUAUUGUAUAGUGCCUUUUACUAGAGGAAGAGAGAGAUCAAGACCUAUUUCGUCUAUUAUACGUGAAAUAGAACAUUUGUGUAAUCAAGGGGUAAAAGAAGUGACUUUGUUGGGUCAAAAUGUAAAUAGCUAUAGAGAUACUUCAAUCGACAAUAAAAUAGACAAUGUCACUAGUUUGGCUACUGGCUUCAAAACUGUAUAUAGACCAAAGACAGGAGGUUUAAGAUUUGCAGAUCUUCUUAAGGAAGUUGCUAAAGUUAAUCCAGAAAUGAGGAUUAGAUUUACCUCUCCUCAUCCAAAAGACUUUUCUGAUGAUGUCAUAGAUAUGAUCCAGUCACAUCACAAUAUCUGUAAGAAUUUACACAUGCCUGCCCAAUCUGGUAGUUCUGCUGUGUUGGAAAGAAUGCGUAGGGGGUAUACAAGGGAAGCAUAUAUAGACUUAAUAAAACAUAUUCGACAAUUCAUACCUGAUGUUGCUUUAAGCUCAGACUUUAUAUGUGGCUUUUGUGGAGAAACUGAUGAAGAAUUUGAUGAAACUAUCUCACUCAUGAAUGAAAUUAAGUAUAAUACAGCAUUUUUGUUCCCUUAUAGCAUGAGGGAGAAAACUACUGCGCAUAGGAGAUUUCAUGAUGAUAUUGGGGAUGAAAUUAAAUAUAGCAGGUUGCAAAGGAUGAUAGAAGUUUUUCGUCAAACUGCUCUCCAUUUAAAUCAAUCCCAAAUAGGAAAAACUCAUCUGGUUUUGAUUGAAGGAUACAGCAAGCGAUCUAACAAGUUUUUCCAAGGAAGAAAUGAUAACAAUAUUAGGGUUAUAUUACCAGUGACUCCAGUUCCUUCUACAGAGAGUGAAACAUUGACAGAACUUCGUGCAGGAGAUUAUGUUGCUGUACAUGUCAAUGAUGCCAAUUCUCAAACACUCAGAGCAAUUCCUUUAUACAAAACUAGCCUUAGCAAUUAUUAUUUACAAGAUCAGCUGUUGUAGUGUUAAUAAAGUUUAACAAACAA